AGCGCGCGGUGCUGAGAAAUCUCUUCGCUCACUCUCUCACAUGCAUAGAAAUGCGGGAUUAACCCUGUGCGGAGAAGAUCCCUGUGCCAAAACUGCGUUGAUAGUCUACUUCUGAGGAAAGCGAAGGGGGAAACCCGACUCCAUACGCUCUACCAUAUAUUGUUACAUUUUUACAUUAUUUCCGGUAGAUUACGCUAUCAUUCCGAGACGAAUUACGAGUGUGAUAAAUCUUGUGAGAACCUGUACCGUCCUAAAAUUAGUGUUUGAGUAUUUAUGGACUGAAACGGGGGAAGUUGCUGGCAAUUAGAACUGUUCCUGUGUUGAGAAACAACAGAAAAGACAUUUCUACACCCAUCAUCAACCGUAUUUCUAAUAGAUUAACACUUAAAUGAGUGCCGACGUUAUCAAACUGACGCGGAGUCCUGGGAAUGGCGAGGAAAAAUAACGCGGCUACUUAUGGAUUGGUUUCCAACGAAGGGAUUUUAUGUUUUCUUGAUGUCUGGAUUCUUUAAAGCAGGUGUUUAGGGCACCGUUUAACCACGAAGGAAACGUCCACUGUAGUUGAUCCUCAGACAAGAAGCCUCAUUCUCGGCAGGAAAAAGUGAUCGACGAAGACUGAAGUGUUACCUCUCCAAGGGCCCAUGGAUCUCCCGGUGGUUUUGUUUCUGCUGUGGGGACUGUUGCUGGACUUGCUGAGUGGUGCUGUGGGUGGCAUUCUAUAUCGUGUGCAUGAGGAACAACCUCCAAGCACACUGAUUGGCAGUCUGGCUGCUGACCAGGGCCUACCAGACACUGGACACCUGUACAAACUGGAGGUGGGCACUCCCUAUCUGCGGGUGGAUGGCAAAACUGGAGAUAUCUUUACCACUGAGAUCCCCAUAGACAGAGAGACAUUGAAGGAUUGUCGUAAUAAAGGCAAGCCCUGCUUUCUUGAGUUUGAGGUGUCCGUCACAGACCUCAUUCAGAAUCAGAGUCCACGGCUGAUAGAAGGAAGGAUCGAAGUGCAGGAUAUCAAUGAUAACACACCACAGUUUCCCUCACCUGUCCUUACCCUCUCAGUUCCAGAGAACACCCACGUGGGGGCACUCUUUUCAAUUCCACUGGCCACUGACAAAGAUACGGAGAGAAAUGGAGUAGCUGACUACACCCUAUCAGCAGGACCAGAGGCUGUAGCACUCUUUGGUCUGCAAGUUGCAGAGGACCGAGGUGAAAAAUUACCUCAACUCAUUGUAUUGGGAAGCCUUGAUCGGGAACGUAAAGACUCCUACGAUCUCACCAUCAAAGCUGUGGAUGGAGGCAAUCCACCUCGCUACAGCAGUGCCUUGCUGAGGGUUGUCAUUGCUGAUGCCAACGACAAUGCACCCCAAUUUGAAAAAUCCUCCUACGAAGCAGAGGUUGCAGAGAACAGCCCAAUUGGACACUCUGUGUUACAGGUGAAGGCUAAUGAUUCAGACUUGGGUCCUAAUGGUGAGAUUGAAUACACAUUGCAUCAGGCCGUUGACCCUGUGCCAAAACUUCUCCGGAUAGACCGCUCAUCAGGCAUCAUAUAUGUCAAAGGCCCAUUGGAUCGUGAGGAGAUCAACAAUUUGAAGUUUUACGUCGUUGCACGAGACAAAGGCCCCUCACCCAAAAGUUCCAAAACAUAUGUUUCUAUUGAUGUAACUGACCAGAAUGACAAUGCACCAGCAGUGGAGAUUCGAGGCAUUGGUCUUGUGACCCAUAGUGAUGGAGUAGCAAACAUUUCAGAGGAUAUGCCUGUAGGCACUGCAGUGGCAUUGGUACAGGUUUCAGACAAGGAUGAGGGAGAGAAUGCCGUGGUGACCUGUGUGGUUGCUGGUGAUGUUCCUUUCCAACUUCGGCCAGCCAGUGAUUCAUCAGUUGAUAACAAGAGGAAGUAUUUUCUGCAGACCACAACACCUCUGGACUAUGAAAGGGUUAGGGACUACCGGGUGGAGAUAGUGGCAGUGGAUUCAGGCAAUCCGGCUCUGUCCAGCACUAACUCACUAAAAGUCCAAGUGACUGACACAAAUGACAAUUCCCCCAUUUUCUCACCGACUCUGUUUGAAGUAGAGUUUGCUGAGGAGAAUCAGCCAGGAGAAAAGGUGGUAGAUGUAGUCGCCUCAGAUGCAGACAGUGGCACUAAUGCAGAGCUGGUCUACAGUAUUAUUGCAGACUCUUCAACUAGGGGACUUUUUGAGAUUGACCCUAACUCAGGUGAAGUACGUGCUCGGAGCCCUCUUGAUCGUGAGCACAAGGAGCGGUACGAGUUCCGUGUUACUGCAGCAGAUAAAGGGGUUCCCAGUCACAGGGGUACUGCCACAGUUGUAAUCAAGGUACUUGAUCGGAAUGACAAUGAUCCCAAAUUCAUGCUGAGUGGAUAUAGCUUCUCAGUCUUGGAGAACAUGCCACCCCUUAGCCCUGUUGGCAUGGUAACAGUACAGGACAUGGACGAGGGUGAGAAUGCUCAAGUGCAACUUUCUGUGGAACCUGAUGUAGGCAAAUUUGUGAUCCAGAAUGGUACUGGGACCAUUCUGUCCAGUAUCUCCUUUGACCGAGAGAAGGAGAGCAGUUACACAUUCCGCUUGAAAGCUGUUGAUGGAGGGAAUCCACCAAGAUCAUCCUAUGUUGGCGUGACCAUAAAUGUCCUCGAUGAAAAUGAUAAUGCACCAGUUGUCACCAAACCAUCUAACUCAUCAUUCAUACGUCUAUCACCCAUGACUGCUCCAGACAGUGUUGUGGAAGUGGUCGAAGCGGAGGACAUUGAUUCAGGCUCCAAUGCUGAGCUCGUAUACAGCAUUUCUGGGGGAAAUCCACAUGAUCUUUUUUACAUCUCUCCAUCUAAUGGCGAGAUCACAUUAACCAAGGAACUAACUCGGAAACACAGUGGUCUGCAUCGACUGGUGAUAAAAGUGAGCGAUAGGGGCAAACCUUCCCGUCACGCCAUUGCCUUGGUACACAUUUACGUAAAUGAAACCAUUGCCAAUGUAAGUCACGUGGAGGCACUUGUGGGGCAUAGCUUGUACACCCCACUGGACAUGGACAUUGCAGGAGACCCAGAUUACGGUUUGGCUGCCCAAAGAAGCAACAUUGUAUAUGGUAGUUUGGCUGGAGUGGCGGGAGUGGUCACUGUGAUUGUUGUAGUGGUCUUCAUCAGGCAUCGCCUUCAAAGAGAAUCUAAGAGUGGUUAUCAGGCUGGCAAGAAAGAGACCAAAGAUUUGUAUGCCCCCAAGCAAGGGCCAAAAAGUGGCAAGGGGAGAAAGGGUAAAAAAGGUAAGCCACCAAAAUCACCCAAACCUCUUGGAGAGGAUGAGGAAGUCAGCCUUCAAAAGAGUCUGAAAUUUAACCUUGAUGGGGUCAACGACAGCCCCAGGAUCCAUUUGCCUCUGACAUAUCCGCCUGGAAGCCCUGACCUAGGCAGGCACUACCGUUCCAAUUCCCCAUUGCCCUCCAUCCAGCUCCAGGCCCAGUCCCCAUCUGCCUCCCAAAAGCAUCAGGCUGUUCAGGAGCUUCCAGCUGCCAACACCUUUGUCGGAACAGGCGGUGAUGACAACUCCACCGGCUCAGACCAGUACUCGGAUUACAGCUACAAGACCAAUCAACCAAAAUACAGCUCAAAAACGCUCCCGCAUCGCAGAGUGACAUUCUCUACAGCCAAUCCAGUGCAAGAUCAGCAGGACUCCUCUCAGCAGAGUUACUAUGACAGUGGUCUGGAGGAAUCUGAGACCCCCAGCAGCAAGAGCUCUUCAGGACCACGUAUCGGCCCCCUUGCCCUGCCCGAGGACCACUAUGAAAGGACCACCCCUGAUGGCAGCAUCGGAGAGAUGGAACACCCAGAAACCGAUAUUCGCUCACUGCCUGAUGUUGCCAUGACGGGAAACUGCAGUCAGGAGUGCAGCGAGUUGGGUCACUCAGAUGCGUGUUGGAUGCCCGGUCAGCCUUCGCCCGUCCGCAAGACCCGCAACCCCCCUAAACUGUCCACGUUUGUGCCUUAUCAGGAGAGGGGGAGCCUGGGACGCCUGGCCAAUGGGAGCGUGAGGCUGGGAGGAGAGGAGAAUAGGCCACGCCUCCCACCUUCCCGUAGUGCCUACUCCAGCAGUGACCACACCCCAAGUGACCACGUCCCACUGGAGGAGGUGCCUCUGAGUGUGACAUCAGAGUUCCCGCCUACCAGCCCCCGCUCCAAUCACGCCUCGAAAAGAGAGAUAUACCUGUGAGAUAACCACACCCACCAUCUUUGAUUGACGCAUAUCAGAAAUUACAGAGACAGGGUUGCGAAAAGAGAACAUCGAAUUUGCAACAGGAUAUCAAUCAGAUAGUGGAAAAACACGCUAUUGUCAUAAUGUCAGAGUAGAUUAAUUUUAUUUAUUUAUUUAUACAUGCAUUCAUCUAUUUAUUAUCAUCACUUUUACUGUUCUUUUCAACUGUUUGUACUGUUUUUGCAUACCAUCAAAAACAACCAACGCAUACUUUUAUGUGACUUACCAACGUUUAGCUUCGCUAGCCUACAGAAUGUUCAUUGCUUCUUCUACUAGAUUACCAAGUGCUGAAGUGGGCAGGAGAAACUGCUGUAAAAGGGUCUUGAGCCACAUCCAGAGUGUCUAACACUCUUAACUUGAUCCUGUCCUCAGAGGAGAGCAGUCUUUAUACAUGUAAAACGCUGUAAAUACAUUUUUAUGGUGUACAUAUGAAUAUUACUAUCAGGCUCAAGUUGAAAAAUAGUGACAAGUUACAUCUAAAUCAGCCUGAACACCUGAAGUGUGUGUUGGUACCACUGCUUUCGAGGGUCUGAACAUUCAUAAUGGCCAUAUGGGAACGUGAAUAGAUGAUCUGGAGUGAAGGGAAAAACGUCCUAAUGGUGCUCCAUGACCCUUGUUGUGCCCGUCUAGGACCCAGAUCCUCACCUGCUGUACUGUAUAUCCAUAUGCACACUGCAGCACGGUGUAUAGUUUUGUGUUUGGUGAGGGUGGGCAGUGGGUUUAACAGCGAUUAACUCACUAUGACAGACCAUAACAUAUGCCGGUCUGUGCAUUCGUGUGUCAGGGGACCUACUGUCACGAAAGUAACACAAGUGGCUUCUGGCACAUUAACACGUUAUUCAACAGAUGAGAAUGUGCGUGCAUACUUUUGUGUCGUGGCAGAACUUGUGUUUUUUGGCACUGUGAAUAUCUCCUGAACUCCCACGAUAUAGUGCAAACGCUGCCUGGCACUCGCAAAGACGCCUACGGCUCACACAGCACAGCCUCAGUGAGGAGGAGACCACCUGCCUCCCCUCAAAUUAUCAGUAGAGUUUUGUUAACUCAACGGUGUGUUAAGUCCACAAACACACCUAGUCUCCAUCAAAUGGGUCCAUUUUUCGCCACACUCAUAUUCACUGUCCUGUUUUCUUUGUUUACAUAGUUUUUACAAUUUGAAAUGAAAUCGUUGUGUCACUCUAUUUAGACUUUGUUUGAAGAACAAAUGUAUUAAUGCCUUAAAACAGUUGUAUAUAACAAUCACAAUGGACAAAUUAGACUGAUAAUCCUGUCUUGUCUUUCGCAUGUCAAUUGUGCAUGUUUUUUUUCCACAGUCGAAAAAUGACAAAUGUUAGAAAUGAUCACAUCACCAUUCGCCAUUUGCCUAUUUUCAGCAACUUUUUUUUUUACGUAAAUGUUCUGUCCUCCAUUGAUUGGGUAUUUCUUCAGGUUAGUUUUUUUUUUCUUUGACACUGUGCUGACUAUCUAACCUGCUCUAAAGCUGUGUCUCCCUCCAAGUUUCAGAGAAUCUCUAGGGGACCAUUUUGACAAUGACUAUCUAGUGUGCUCAAGAACCAUAUAUCUGAUGGACAUUAUCAUUACUAUUGCAUCGCCUCAAUAUCUCUACUUUUUCAACACAUACUGCAGCACAGUACCUGCCCAGAUCCCGGUGCUUUGUCUGCAGGGGGGUUGACGAUGGGCAUUUCCUUAAUUAGGGUGA